UUAUUUUAAACACGGUCAAAUUAACACAUCCACAUCCAAUGUUUGUGCCCGCAAUGAAGGCAAAAUUUCCCACAGCCACGGAACGCAGCACACUUUAACAAGGCCUGAAAGUCAUUUGUUUUCCUCGAAUCGGACUGACUGGAUUGGACGGCCGCGGGUUCCGCCCACAAACACACAAGGUGGAGUUGAAAAGAAAAAAACAUGCAGGGCCAAAAUGAAGCUGUCAAACAGCCUCUUACUAUUUGCUAAAAGAGAAAUCGAGCAAUGUGAAAAUGCAUGGAGGCUUGCUUAGAAGACCAUUUUAGAUCUCUCUAAAGUGGAAGUCUGACAUUGAUGAGUGAAAAUUAAAAACUUUUAUUUUUUAAAUGAAAAAAAAAAAAAUGUUAAUUAUACUAAGUUAUGGGAGUAUGUGAGAUAAGCUGAUUGUAUUUAUAUUAGAUAACAAGUGGCACAACUUCGGCUUUCAUGAAACUUUCCACUGCCAUGUUUAGAAAUAUUCGUGGUUCAAACUUCGGGCCGGAGAUCUGACAGCGUCGGGCUGCGGGAGCAACAAAAUAAUGGCUCUCGGUUAGGGUUCAGAAACAACGGCGCAAGGUCGGAAAAAAUGUGGAUGUUCCGGCGUGGCGAAAUGGUUGGAUGGAGAGAGAGGAGCUGCUACGCGCUGAGUGGAGGGAGACAGCGAGUGAGAUGGAGGCGGGGGGGAAGGACCAUCUCUGCGGGGACUGGAGCCCAGGACCGACGGCGCAGUGCUGGCUAUCGUUCAACCCUCCCCUUCUUCCUCCACAACGACACCGAGGCUCACGCCGAGAGACAGGUAAGCCAACAAAACAACCGCUCGGUUUCAUAAAACGGCGAGAGUGUGCGAUAAACAACCCCGAAUAAGGUUGGGGGUUUUUUUGUGUUGUUUUUAAAACCGCGCAAAAUCUACCGUUUAAUGUUUAUUUUGUUGUUAAAGCGCCGCGGUCGUCAAGCCUCUUUGUGGUAGCGAAAUAAACCAACCGCUGUGGCAGGGUACAGACGAGGUCGGCCAUAGCCGAAUUUCUUGUCCUCUACAGCGGGGAAGAAACUGGACGUAAGACCCGGAGGUAAAUGCGAUAGCGGCUUAAAAUGUACACCAAGCGACUGUUUUAUGCUAAUUCCCGUUAUCGAAACUCGACUGUUCGUGCUUGUAGCCGGGGUAUUUGCGUGGGGGAAUUAACGGUGGUUUCCGCGCCGAGACCUCCAUGCGGCUGUUGGCGGAACAGCCAGCCGCCUCUCUCGGUUAGCCAUCAGGGAUCUCGGUUUAAUAUCUCACCGUGCAGAGACUCGCCCUCUCUCUCCCCCUCUCUCUCUCACUGACUAGCCCAGAACAACCGACGAUCGAGCUCGGAGAACCCGCCUUCUUGAUCUCGUUUAUGCGCUUUUGGACCGAGGGAAGGGAGUCUGCAACGCCCUGGCUUUAGUUUUAAGCUCCGUUUUUCUGUGUUUGCAGUGCGCCAUUGGACCUUGUCACGAUACAAGACAGUACACUCACAAAUGAAUGGGGAAAUGGAGGCAACCACCCAAGUCCAAGUGUGGGCGCAGGAUGACCUAUUAAAACUGCUGGAGGCCAUGAAAGUGGCCCUGCCCCAGAAAGAUCUGACGAAAUACAAAACGUCCGAGUCCCACCUCGACUGGCAGAAGGUGGCCUUCAAUUCCUACACAGCAGAGAUGUGUAAGCAGAAGUGGCAGGAGGUCUCUAAAGAGAUUCGUAAAUUCCGGACCCUAACAGAGCUGAUAGUCGAUGCCCAAGACUACAUCAAAAAUCCUUACAAGGGCAAGAAAAUAAAGAAACAUCCAGAUUUCCCCAAGAAGCCACUGACGCCGUACUUUCGCUUCUUCAUGGAAAAGAGGGCCAAGUACGCAAAGUUGCACCCUGAGAUGAGCAACCUAGACCUAACUAAAAUCCUCUCCAAGAAGUACAGAGAGCUCCCCGACAAGAAGAAGAAAAAAUAUGUUGACGACUUCUUAAGAGACAAAGAAUCAUUUGUUAUAAGCAUGAUGAAGUUCAGAGAGGAACACCCAGACCUUGUGGAAAGCAUGACCAAGAAAGGUUCAAAUGUACCAGAGAAGCCCAAGACCCCCCAACAGCUGUGGUACAACCAUGAAAAGAAGGCCUUCCUCAAGACACACCCAGAUGCCACCACUAAAGACAUUAAGGACAGUCUUGGCAAACAGUGGACACAGCUGUCUGACAAGAAGAGACUCAAGUGGAUCGGCAAGUCUCUGGAGCAGCGGAAACUGUAUGAGGGGACAAUGCGGGAGUACAUCCAGCAGCACCCAGAGUUAAACAUGACCCAAAAUGAUAUCGUAAAGUCCACCCUGACCAAGGCCGAGAGGCACCUGAAAGACAAAUCUGACGGCAGACCCGACAAACCACCUCCAAAUGGUUACUCGAUGUUCUGUGCGGAGUUGAUGUCAAACAUGAAGGACGUACCCAGCACAGAGCGCAUGGUGAUGUGUAGCCAACGGUGGAAGCUGCUGAAACAGGCUGAGAAGGAUGGCUACCAGAAACGCUGUGAACAGAGGAAAAAGGAGUAUGAAAUUGAGAUGAACAGAUUUCUCAGCAGUUUGUCAGAGGAGGAGCAGCAGCGGGUCUUGUCUGAGGAGAAGAUAGGUUUUAGGAGGGGCGCCGGAGCCAACAGUCCUGCCUCCAAAAAGAAGAACACUAAAGCAAAGGCCAAUCCGGAGAAACCCAAAAGGCCGAUUUCAGCAAUGUUCAUCUUCUCUGAGGAGAAACGUCCUAAACUGCAACAGGAGCGGCCGGACCUUUCUGACAGCGAGCUCACAAGACUCCUGGCCCGUAUGUGGAAUGAGCUGCCAGAUAAGAAGAAGGAGAAGUAUAAACGCUUAGAAACAGUCCUGAAGGCAGAGUCAGAGAAGAAGGAGAAGGAGGAUCGUAGUCGUCUGCCGGACCCACCCAAGACUGCACAGGACAUCUGGCAGCAGAGUGUCAUAGGAGACUACCUGGCCAGAUUUAAGAAUGACCGGCAAAAGGCACAGAAAGCAAUGGAAGCAACCUGGAGCACCAUGGAGAAAAAGGAGAAAAUUAUGUGGAUCAAAAAGGCAGCAGAGGACCAGAAAAGAUACGAGAGAGACCUGUGUGAGAUGCGCUCUCCUGCUGCUACCAUUGCCUCAGGGAAGAAGAUGAAGUUUGAGGGUGAACCCAAGAAACCACCAUCAAACGGAUAUCAGAAGUUCUCUCAAGAGAUGCUGUCCAACGGAGAGCUGAAUCACCUCCCGAUGAAGGAGCGGAUGACUGAGAUCGGCAGCCGCUGGCAAAGGUUACCACUAAAGAACAAGGACAACUACAAGAAGAUCGCUGAGGAGAAGCAGCGACAGUACAAAGUCCAGCUGGAACAGUGGCUCGCUAGCUUGUCUUCACAAGAGAGAAACACUUAUAAAGAGUAUAACUCACAAAAACGAAGAACUACGGCAAAACCAGGAGGCCCCAAGGCAAAGGCCAAGAAAUCUGACACGGAGGAGGAGGAAGAGGACGACGAUGAAGAAGAGGACGAGCGGAAGGCUUCCUCUGAGGCAGAGUCAUCCAGCGAGGAUGAUGACGAUGAUGAUGAUAAGGAGGCGGAUGAAGAUGACGACGACGAUGAAGAAGAUGACGAUGAGGCAGAGGACAAGGAGAACAAGUCGGAAGAAAGCAGCAGCGAAUCAAAUUCACAGGGGUCGUCGGACUCUGAUUCGGACUGAAACUGGCCGUCGUCGUCGUCGUGAGACGAACUGAGCAGCGCUGAGCUGAGCCAAGAGUCAAGGGAGCUCUGCCACUGUGCCAACCCUGCUCUCCUCCCACCACCAGAGGGAGCCCCUGCAUUGCCUCAUCCACUUCACACUCACCCAUUUUAUGUUGCUGCGUUGGUGAUUCUCAAGGAGGGAACCUGCCCUUAUGUCCAAAAUCAGUUUCAUUCCCUCCCUGGUGUGAUGGUCAUCUGACAGCACGGGCCGCUGACGUUAUGCCAAAAACAGCAUCCCACUGGUUUGGUGAUGAACAUUUCUGCCGCUAGUUUAAAUUUUGACUUACAGGUUCAAUGGUUUAUGGUUAGAGUUUUAAUGUUGAGGGAGAUGAAUGAACUCUCCAAUGUUUAUUUUAUUAUUCUGGUAAUUAGUUGAAAACAGGUGGCUUCAUAGAGCCAAAGAACAUAGUAUGGUGGAUCACUUUAGGGAGGGGGGUGGGGGGGGUGUGUGUGCAGGGUACUGAAAAAUUGCACUCUUCAGAAUGUUUCCAUGAAUUUUUUUUUUCCAGAACCUUGUUGCGUUGUUCUCUAUUCUCAAUUUAUGAUGUAGAUUUUAUCAUUUGGUUCUUAAAGAGGUGGUAUUUUUUCAGGAAAAAAAUCAAGCCAUUAUGAAUGUCUUUUUGUUGCUGGAAAAUUUCAGAACUUGUUACUUACCCAUGUUCUCAUUUAAAAGAUAACAGUGUCUACAUAAAGUAUUCACCCCCUCUUGGACUUUUUUCAUGUUUUAUUGUUUUACGAUGUUGUACCAAAGUGGAUGUAAUGAGGUCUUGAUACUCGUUAACGGAACAUGUAUCUUUAAAGAAAUUUUGCAACAUUUAGGUCAAAAUGACUCAUUUGCUUGAGAGUAAACCCAACCACAUCCAGCUGCGACGUCUGCGUGUAAAACUGAAGCAGAACUGAAACUGACAUUGACCUUUUCCAAACGUUUCCUGUAAUGUCACGAGUAAGACCAAUCUGUAAGCGCAGAAACCCAAAGUGAUUACAUACGUUUCACACUGCAAGCAUCUUUGGCAGCAGUUACAGCCUGCAGUCUAACGUGGAUCAGUCUUUAUCAGCUUUGCGCACAUGGGCGCUGCAUUUCCCGCCAUUUGUCUUUGCAAAUCUGCCAAUCUGUGGACUGUAAAGUGAGCAGCAGUUUUCAACUCAAAUUCUCUACUUGGUAGUCCAACCCUCAGUAAUGUUCUUUUUGUACCAACACAGCCUGCUCUAAGCAGAUUUACAGCUGUGCCAUAUUCUUUACAUUUCUUCCUACUGAUUGACAUAACUGUACUCUGAAGGCUAUCCUGUGCCUUGAAAAUGUUCUUGUAUUCUUCCCUCUGAGUGGUAGUUUCCAGUAAACUUUUUGAUUCAUAGUGUUCCUUUGUCUUCACAAUGUAUUUUUUUUUAUUAGACAGUUGAAUAACAAGCUGUAGGAGCUUCCGGAAAUGUGUAUUUACAAGUCACUCUUUUAAUUAUACACGUGAUCUCCAUUCAACUUAUGUAACGUAUAAAAAAGCACCAUUCAAUACUUAUGUAAUCAGUUAUUUUUGUUUAAUAUUUGGACUUAAUUUAGAUCCGUUUAGAGCCUGUUGAUUUGUAUAUAAAAAAAAAAAAACCCCUGAUUACAUCCACUCUGCUUCAGAGUUGUGAAAUAAAAAAAGGUCCACGGGGGUGAAUAAGUGUUAUAGGCACUGCAGUAUCCAUUGCCAUGUGUCUGUCAUUCAUCAAGCUUAACUGACAUGUCUUGUACACAGAAAUCCAUCAGUCUGAAACAAUUCUGUCUGACUCAGCAGUUUGUUCUGGCCUGGCAGUAAUAAACAGUGUUUACUGUGUGACCAGAGCAGUUUGUCGUUGAAGGGAUAACACUGGUUUCCCACACUUUGAGCUCAAUCUGACUCUGUGUUUUUAAAGGAUAUGUCACACAGUCGGUGUAUGUUUCUCCUCUGAACUGUCGUUUUACAUUUCGUUCGCAGUUUAAUUGUUAAUAGGUUUGUUUUUAAUUGUUGUGUUCGGAUCCAUCUGGAAUCAUUUGUUGGAUGUUGAACUGAAUGGCGUUUCCAUCAAACAUUUUCAAGUUCAUUUUGAAAUUCUAAUGGUAUUGACUGUAAUCCACAUGGGUUUUAGUCCGAUGCUUAUCCCAAAAAAGUGUGCACUUAACGUAAAUCUGUCCCUCUGUGUGAGUUUGUGUGCAUGCAUGCACAGAACUGUGUAUAUAUGAGGGGUGUGAGUGUGUUUCUUUGCUUUAAUGUGUGCUGUUUUUACUGUUUUUGUUGCAUACCAUGAUGUGACUGCAGUGUGCAUGUUUGUGCCUGUAUGGGGACAUCUUACCAACACCAUGAAUGUAGAUAUUGUUAAAUCUUUUUUUUUUUCCUCCAAAGGUCUUUAGUAAUUUUUCUGCUCGACGCUGUCGUGUCAUUGGUUGCCAGAACACGGACCAAUGACAGGACUUUUCAUUCAUGACUGUCACUUCGGGUCCACAGACAUAUGAGUACAUGGCAACUAUUAAUAAUCUGUUAGUAAUGGACUGAUUUUGAUCAUUAUGAAUCUCAUCACUGUCUGAAACAAAACCAGCGUGAACUAUUUAAAUGAUUUGGGGAGGGAAAAGGAAUCUGAUUGCUGAUAUUGAUCACUGAGAGUUUGUAAAAGGGAUUUGGGGGAACUGAGUUGCCAGAGGAAUUGGGGUUAAAAUCUUGUAAUUUUUCUGUAAAUACUGUUUUUGUAUUGAGUGCUUAUUGUUUUGUUAGUGCUUUAAGUUUGCAAACCCUCAUCUGUGACUUCUGAGGCCAGUGAGUUUUUCACUCAUGGGGGAGAGUUUUUGGUUUAAUUCACCUGUUUUAGUUGUUUCUUCUCUCCCUUAUGUUGGUUUAUAGAGAUAUCUAAGACAGCAAAGCUUUACAAGUUUGUACUGCUGACCAUUUGACAGAAUUUGAUGUUUUCUAUAGCUGAGGGUGUUCUUAUGUCCUUGUAGUUAAAGUCUUUCGGCAAAUAAAAAAAAUGAUCUUUAACAGUUAGAA